GGGCAAGAACAAAGUUAUGUUUGCCCUGACUGCCAUUAAGGGUGUUGGUCGUCGUUAUGCCAAUCUUGUUUGUAAAAAGGCUGAUGUUGAUUUAAACAAGAGAGCUGGUGAAUUAACAAAUGAAGAAUUAGAACGUAUAGUUUUAAUUAUCCAAAAUCCCACACAAUAUAAAAUUCCAAAUUGGUUCUUGAAUAGGCAAAAAGACAUUGUUGAUGGAAAAUACUCUCAAGUUUUAGCUAAUGGAUUGGAAUCUAAAUUCCGUGAAGAUUUAGAAAGAUUAAAAAAAAUUAGAGCCCAUCGCGGUUUGAGACAUUUCUGGGGCUUGAGAGUACGUGGUCAACAUACGAAAACCACUGGUAGACGUGGUAGAACUGUUGGUGUCUCUAAAAAGAAAGAAUUCACUCCUCAGGGGUGCGAUGAUAGGGUUUCUCUUCCCGUCACUCAUAUAGUAAUUACAAUUUUAGCACAUCGUCACAUGACUCCUUUUGGUGCAAUGGCAGACGACGAAGGAGCUAGUAAUAAUGAACUUCUUUUGGCUGCGGCAAAGCAAGACUCGGAAGAUAUUCUCGAGGAUAUAUUUUCUCAACCGGGAAGUUAUGAUAUAAAUUACUCGGACAGUAUAGGAAACACUGCUCUUCAUUACGCAGCUAAAUGUGGUUCCCUCACUGCAGUUGAUUUACUCUUACAGCAAGAAAAUAUUAAUGUUGACGCACAAAAUCGACUUGAGCUUGAAACCCCAUUGCACUUGGCAGUUCGAUAUACCGAUGAUCCGUCGGUCGCUUUAGAAAUUGUACAGUUAUUAAUCGAUAACGGUGCGGAUCCAAGAAUACAGAAUAAGAACAAACAACGUCCUAUACAAUUGGUUGAUUCAGGCAAUCAAGAAUUAAAGAAUUUACUUCAAAAAGCGACUUUGGCGCAUCAAGUGGAUACAAGUGAUAUUGCGCAAGAUGAUUCGGACGAGGAUGGUGAUCCGCCAAGUGACCUUACCGAAGAAGAAGAUGAAUAA